AUGUCUGGUAAAAAUACCAGCCAUGAUAAUAUUGUGAGAGUUGUUAAACUACAUAAAGUUGGUAAUAGAAACCGUGAAAUUGUCAAAAUUACUGCUGUUAAUGAGAAGACAGUGUCGCGACUUCUCCAAAAAUGGCGUCGGGCUGGAUCUGGUCAUAACGUUCCCGAACACAAACACGGCGGGGGAAGGUCUUUGAAGAUUCCUACGAAGACUUUAAGGCUUUUAAGGCGUCAGUUGGACCUUAAUCCUUCAAUUACUGCAAAGGAAUUGAAAGAAAAGAACCCUAAGCUCCUUAGAAAUGUCUCUGUAAGGACAAUUCAGCGCAACAUCCAGAAGCGUCUAGAAUAUUCCAAGGUGAAAGCGCGAGUCAAGCCCCUCGUGGCUGCUAAGCAACGUCGCUGUCGUGUUCAAUUUGCCAAGGACCAUAAGGACUGGGACCUUGUACAGUGGCAUAAGGUCCUUUGGACCGAUGAAGCAACGUUCUGCGUCAGCGUGUGCCCCGUCCUGUGCAGCAAUCACGGGACCUACGGAGGGGGCCUGUGUCACUGCGAGGUGGGCUGGAAGGGACGUGAGUGUGACGUGCCCGACGCUGAUUGCGAGGUCCCCGACUGCGGGGGGCAUGGCACUUGCGUCCGCGGUGCCUGUCAGUGCCAACCGGGAUGGAAGGGAGACCACUGCCAGACAGUCGACUGCGUCGAUCCGCUGUGCGGUGGGCGUGGCUGGUGCGUCGAAGGUACCUGCGUCUGCCGAGCGGGUUGGACUGGCAACAAUUGCUCGACGGUGGACCACAAGGUGUACACCUGUCUCCCUGACUGUUCUGGACACGGCCACUACGACCUUCAUACCUCUGUUUGCGUCUGCGACACGUAUUGGACCGGGCCGGAUUGCGCUGAAGCUCGGUGCAGCCUGGAGUGCGUCCAUGGCGAGUGCGACAAGGGCGGCUGUGAGUGCGAGCCCGGAUGGACCGGAGACAGGUGUGACCAAAGGGCGUGCGACUCCCGCUGCUCGCUCCACGGGCAGUGCCACAACGGCACCUGCGUCUGCGUCCAGGGCUGGAACGGAAAGCACUGUACCAUUGCUGGUUGCGUCAACGGCUGUUCCGGACACGGCAUGUGCACGACAGUGGACAGACAAUACCAGUGCCAGUGCUCCUCAGGAUGGACGGGUCCCGACUGCUCUGUCCAACUGGAAACUGUCUGUGACGACGAGAUGGACAACGAUGGAGAUGGCCUGGUCGACUGCUCCGACUCCGAGUGCUGCUCGACCCCGGCCUGCGCGGACCACGUCAUGUGCAUGGUGUCGAGCGACCCCGUCGAGGUCCUCCUCCGGAAGCAGCCGCCGGCGGUGACGGCCUCCUUCUACCAGAGGGUCAAGUUCAUCAUCGAGGACUCCAGCGUCCAGAGCUUCGCCCAGAAGGACGAGUAUACCGAGAGUCAGUUUUGGAGCUCCUACGAUCCUCGGCGGGUUGCCGUAAUCCGUGGUCGCGUAGUGACGCCCCAAGGACAAGGGAUCGUGGGCGUGAGGACCAGCGUGGACAAGGAGUCUCGUUUCGGCCUGACGGCGACGCGGAAGGGAGGAUGGUUCGACGUGCUGGUGAACGGCGGGGGCGCCGUAACCCUGCAGUUCCAGAGGGCACCGUUCGAGCCCCUAACGGUGACGGUGCCCGUGCCCUGGAACCAGAUAGUCGUGCUGGAUCCCAUCGUCAUGACCUUGAAGAGGCAGGAACACCAACCCGAUCAGAAUUCCAGCGACGGCAGCGCCGUAGGUCUGGGAGAGCCGUGCCUGGAGCACGAUCAUGGCAUGAUGGUGCCCCAAGUCGUGUCCACUUACUUGCCCCACACCGUCGGAGGGGCAUCUCACAUCCCGGCAGUCUUCUCCGAGACGCAGGUUAUCCAAGAAUCCCUACGAAUCCCAGGCAGUCAGCUGCACUUGUUGUAUCACUCGAACAGCGUUGCUGGGUACCUGUCGACAUUGCUCUUACAGCUGACUCCCUCGCAAGUCCCGGCGGCGUUGUCUAUGGUGCACCUGAAGGUUACUCUAGAAGGCUCGGUUUUCGAAAAGGUGUUCGAAGCCGACCCGGACAUCACUUACACGUUCACCUGGAACAAGAGGAAUGUCUACAAGCAGAAGGUCUAUGGCGAGGCCACGGCGUUGGUCUCCGUCGGGUACGAAUACAUGACCUGUUCGAGUAUCCUGUGGGAGACACAGACGGCGACGCUGCACGGGUUCCACAUGGAUAUCUCGGACGUCGGGGGCUGGAACCUCGAUAUUCAUCAUAUGUAUAAUUUCGAGGCCGGCCUUCUGCAGCGUGGCGACGGAUCGACCUUGAAUCUACGGGAGGCGCCCAGACUCGUGACCUCUCUCAUGGGCACGGGCACCCAAAGACCCAUAGUCUGUCGACACUGCUCGGGAUCAGCUGUAGACGCCCAAUUACUGACGCCUACCAGCUUAGCAUCAGGACCUGACGGGUCAGUGUACGUCGGAGACUUCAACCUACUCAGGAGGAUAACGCCUGAAGGAAUGGUGUACACACUCCUGCAGCUGAGCGCCACCCAGGUGUCCUACGGGUACCACAUCGCCGUGUCCCCAGCCGACGGACAGGUGUACAUCACCGACCCAGAAAGAUACAAAGUUUUGAGGGUCCUGUCUUUGACGGACGUCACCGAACCGACCACUAACUCCGAGACAGUGGCUGGUAACGGAGAGAGAUGUAUUCCCGGUGACGAACGCCACUGCGGCGACAGAGGGCCCGCCCGAAAAGCCCGCUUGGCCCACCCGAAGGGGCUCGCCAUUGCCGCCGACAGGACCAUGUACAUCGCGGACGGCACGAACAUCCGCAUGGUAGACCCCCAGAACAUCAUGCAUACCCUCAUAGGGCACCACGGGCACAAGACCCGGUGGAGGCCCCUGCCCUGCACGGGCGGGUUGCCCUCUAGCCAGGUGGAGCUCCAGUGGCCGACGGGGUUGGCACUCUCGCCGCUAGAUGGCACUCUGCACAUCUUGGACGACCACGUCGUCUUGCAAGUGACCGGGGAUGGGUCGGUUCGAGUCAAGGCUGGCAGUCCUUUGCAUUGCCCGAGAAAUUCCGAUUCCUUCAUUGUUGGUACCAUCACUGGACUAUCGUUUGCACCGUCUGGGUCCAUGUUCAUAACGGAGGAAGAUGCCAACAAGCGCCAUACAGUGCUGGAGUUGACGCCAUCAGGUCAACUCAAGCACUUCGCUGGCGCCAGGCCCGACUGUGCUUGCAGCGAGGAGGACUGUACCUGCCCGGCUGAUAAGAUUCCCCUUUCGACUACUACGGUCUUGGGGGGCGUGUCCGCCAUCACCGUCUCUCCUGACGGAGUGGUUCACGUGGCCGAUCAAACUGCCCUAAAGCUCUUCAGCCUCAAGCAUUACCUUCCUCCUGACGAUCAGAAUGGAGACUUCCAGGUGGCCUAUCCACGCACCAACGAACUCUACGUAUUUAAUCGCCAUGGGCACCACGUCGAGACGAGAGAUCUGGUCACCGGCAGGACCCUCUACUCCUUCCUGUACUCGAAGAACACCUCCUUCGGAAGGCUCUCGAAGGUCACCGAUUCGUCCGGGAACAAAGUGAUGUUCCUGAGGGACUACUCCUCCGCCGUGAGCCAGAUUGAAAACACGAUGGGCGAGAAGUUCUCUGUGCGAAUCAACCGCUUAGGCCUGAUGACCAGAUUCGCCGAGCGGGCUGGACGGGUCUACGACUUCACCUACGACGACGAUACCGGGCUCCUCAUCGCUGCCACUUCUCCCAGUCGGUUAACCUACGUAUACGAAUACGAGAACACAGGCAGAAUAAAGACAGUUGUGGCCCCCACCGGCACCCGAGUGGGCGUCGAUUCCUGGAUGGGCGGCGAAGGGAUGCACAGGAGCCUCAGCGUGGGCGUGGGCGGAAGCCAUGGAGAACAGAGGACGCAUAUUCUAACUCUCACCAGCAAUACGCAGGCUGUGUUUACCCAAGGAGAAGUGAAGUCAGAACUCCAGGUCUGGUCCAACGGCACGUGGCGCCAAGAGCUUCCUUGGGGAGGUUACGCCCUUGCCCUCGCUACCGCUUCCUCCCCGCUGCUGGAGGUGUCCUUGCCCACUCAGGCGCGUCUUCUGCCCGCCCUCCACCACUACCAGUUAGCCCUGGCACCUGGGCCUCCCAACGGCCUCACCACGAGCUACGGCGUUGGCGACCGUCGAAGACAGAAUCGUCUGGUGGAGACUGUCUUGCUGGUAAACGGCUCCCGCGUCCUACGCCGCGCCUGGGACGGCAGCACUCGAACGGAGUCCCUGACAGACGGCAACAGCCAGGCCCUCCUGAGUCGUACCUACGACCACAACGGCCAUCCAACGUCCUUGACUUUAGGGGACAACCUGUCCGCUCUCAAUGUGACUUAUGACAGGUUUGGGCGAGCUGAAGGAAGACAAUGGGAUUGGUCCAGUGAAAACUAUCAAUACGAUGCCCACGGUCUUUUGGCAACUGUGUCAACCUCCACUUCGCACACGACGACCUAUUCGUUUGGCGACACCAGGCUGCCAUCAACGAUCACGCUUCCAUCAGGGAGGUCUUGGGGUCUGCAUUAUGACGAAAGGGGCGGUCUGAAAUACAUUACAACCCCUACUGGUUCAGCUCAUUUCUUCGCACUUCAGCCAUCCUUCGGCUGGCUCGUAUUCUCGUACACUCCCCCAGGGUCCACCCACUCCUACAGGCAGUACUUGGAUCACGCCGGACGUCUGCUGCUGACAGCGUUUCCUGCUUCUUCAGGCAAGGUCCUGUUCACCUAUACGGAGGCUGGACAGUUGAAGGAAAUUGUGUCAGGUGAUGGCAAGACUGAAUUUGCCUAUGGGAAGGAUAGUUUGGUUGCUGAAAUCAUGCACGAGGAGGUCGAUCUUGAAUACAAGAUUGAUCUUCUAUAUACGGGCGUCCUCCUCCAGGAGCUACGCAUUGACUAUGGAGCUAGGACUGGGCUCAGCAACGUUAAAUUCACAUACGAGUACGACUCGAACUUCAGAGUUACGAGCUUCGCUGGACGCAUUGGCGGGCAGAAUCUGCAUCCUUUCCCAUUUGCAUACAGUGCGUCCACAGGUGGUCCGUCUCAGAUUGGCCAUUUUGAGGUGACUCAGAACAGGCUGAAUGACACAACGAUCCACGAUGGUACUGCCAUUUUCACUCGGCAUUUAGACUCUCACCUUAGAGUGUCCGAGACUUCAGUCACAAUGCACAACAUGGAGGUGUUCAAGCUUCAGAUUUUCUAUAAUGCUGAUGGAAAAAUCACCCAGACAAAAACGUUCACCCUGAAUUUCCACACAAAGACAUAUACUAACACGAAAAACUACACCUACGAUGCUGACGGCCAGCUGAUCAGUGUUGAGGCUAAAGAACCUUGGAGUUUUAGCUACGAUGCCAAUGGCAACAUGCUGUCUCUGACAUACUCGACAAAUACAAUCCCCAUGAAGUAUGAUUCUCAAGACCGUAUUGUGAAGUUUGGCGAGGGAGUGUACAGGUAUAACUCUAGAGGAGCCAUUGUGCAGAAUGCCCACGAAGUGACCUAUCAGUACAAUGCAAGAGGACUCCUGGUGCGCGCUGCCAAGUCUGGUCGCUUCAACAUCAGGUAUUUCUAUGACCACGAGGAUCGUCUGGUAGCCAGGAAAGACAACUUCGGUAACGUCACCCAGUUUCUAUAUACAGACCAAAGACAUCCUGAUCAAGUCACCCACAUUUACAGCCCUCGUAACGGCAACCUUAUUUCCCUGGUGUAUGAUGACCGGGGUCAUAUCAUAUUUGCUCAGGUGUACAGAAACAAAUACUACAUUGCAACUGAUGAAUGUGGUACUCCAGUCAUGGUCUUCAAUCAGUAUGGAGAAGUAGUUCGAGAGAUGACUCGUUCCCCAUACGGCCACAUAAUGUAUGACUCGAAUCCGUACUUAUACCUGCCAGUUGACUUUUGUGGUGGCUUAUUAGAGACUCGAACUGAGCUAGUGCACAUGCCAAAAGGUCGAAUAUAUGACCCACUCAUAGGCCAAUGGCUUUGGCCGGCUUGGGAAGAUGUUGCAAACAACCUUUUAACUCCAACAAAACUGUCGCUCUACCGUUACAAUGGAAAUGACCCCAUCAAUGUCCACCUGAAACAUUGGAAAAAUUUUGGAUACAAAGAUUGGCUGUCCCAGCUUGGAUACAACCUGGAAAGUUUGGCUCCACAAUUGGCAUGGGCAACAACAUCUCAUCCAGCUCCAUCACUUUGGCAAGCAUUCACAAGAUCUCCACCUAUUCCUACAAGGACUGCUGGCUCCCCAUUUAUGGACAAUGUGGUCGGGGUUGGGUAUGUGAGUGGUCUCAUUCUAACACUGCAAGAGGCUGCCCGCACAACUUCCAGGCUGUCUACACUGACCCCCACUCGUCUCAGACAUGAUUUCUGGCCAGAUUCACACAAGGUGGAGAUAUCAUCAGUGCCAGGUCCAUUUGGAGAGGGUCUGCUGGUGUCAGCAGUGGAAGGACGUGCCAUGAUCACAGCUACCGACCAUGCCAAUCCCAUUUUCAGAGAUGUGCUGACAUCAGUAUUUAAUAAUUCUUUACUUCUCGACAUAACUCUUACAACGCACAACACACAUGUAUUUUAUUUUGUGAAGGAGAAUUAUUGGAAAGCUUCAGAGGACAUGACCCAACUGAAUCGCCUUGGAGGGGAAGUCAACAUCACCAUUCAUGAGCCUUCAGCCUCUGCACCCCUGACACCUGAUGAUGAGAAAAAUGACAAAUUUGUGGAUGUGAAAUUGCACAGUGCCUCAGCAAUAGUGCACAUACGAUACGGGACUACAGUUGCGCAAGAAAAGAAGAGGUUGCUCAAACAUGCCAAGAAGAUUGCAAUACGACGGGCAUGGGCAGAGGAGAGAGAGCGUGUAUCCGGGGGACUCCCCGGCACAGUGGAGUGGUCAUCUAGUGAAACUGAAGAGCUGCUUUCAAGAAGUUCAGUAGGUAGUUACACUGCAAGGUACUUGCACCCUCCAGAAACUUACCCAGCUUUAUUAGAUGAUCCUACCAACGUUAGAUUCUUUAAGGACACCAAAAGAACUAGGAGGAAUUCAAAGACCCGACGAUCCCACAGAUGCCGAAAGUGGUGGAAAGGGCUUUGCUGACUCCACUGGCCAUUUCCCUCAGUUACAUUCUCCACAAAGUCUUAGAAAAUGAUGAGGGAAAAUGCCUUGUAAGAAUAGUGGUCAGUUCAUCCUGCCAUCUCUGCUCACAACAGAUGUGAGAUGGGAAUUCACAAGACUUUAGCCCGUUUCCCAUCUUGUGUUUUUUUUUUUUUUUCUGUCGACGACCUCUGCACUGAAAAAUAAAAUACGUACCAUAUGUACUGUAUUCUGCCAGUGUGAUGGGAAUGGCACAGUUGGAAAUGUGACAUUUGAUCUGUGAAGAUAAUGUACAUUUAUUUUCUGAGCAGCAUUCAAAUCACUCAAUACAACUAAAGACAUGACAUAAAUGGGGACAUACCCAGUGCUUUAUUAGUUCCGUGCAUUUUAGGCUUAUGGUAAAUAAAAGAGAAAAAGGGAGGUCGUUUUGUGGAGCAUUUUCAAAAUAUUUCAAGAAAGUGAAAAUGUUUUCAAGUCUGAAAAUGAGCAUGGUUCAUUUGAAGGGAUACAAAAUGAACCAGGUUGUUGAAAAGACAAUGCUUUAGCAAGGAAAAUGAAAAGGUGGAAAAAAGUAAUUUCAAAAGGGAAAGUGUCACUGUGUAUGUCAAGACUUGAUAUGCUUUAGAAUUGCAAUUGCUGUAAACAUAUACACACGUGCAUUACAACAUAUUCCAUUUUUAAAUGUUUAAGUAUCUAAGGUCACUUGCUUCUGAAGAAAAGAUUAUGACUUGGAUUUAAAAAGAUGCUAUGUAAGUAAAAAAAAAAAAAGAAAACUUUACAAUGUUAUUGUGACUAUCACUUUCAUGGACUACAAGAAAACUUUAUUUGUAAUAAAUAAAACUUAUCACCAAGUCCAUAAUGUCUACUGGUGAUUUUAUAGAUACAUCAAUGGUAUUUUUAUCAACAUUUCAUAAUAACCACUCUUGUAAAAGAUGGAUGGCAGUCAUAGACUUUUGAUUCAUUUUGUUAGAAUACUUCAAGGAAGUUAGUUAUACUUGAGAAUAAAGUUAGACUAUGUAAUAUGUAAUGGGAAGCGGAUGCAAUACACUAGCACAAUUGUAGUAGUAAAAAACUGUUUCAUGGCAUCAUUUCAAAUUUUAAGUUAAGGAGUAACGAAUUAACGUCAAUACUUUUAUAAAUAUUAAGACACUGACAUUGUGUACUCAACAAUGCCAAGUCAAGAGCAAUUUUUUUUGAAAGCGAAUAAGUAAUAAUCAUUCAUCUUGAGAAUGUUGAUACUGAAAUACUUGUUAAAUGCAUCAUACAAUCACCAAAUGUAAUCAAACUCUCUCGUAAACCCCAACAUUAAAGAGGACUUGGAAAAAGAAGUCCAGCCAGGAUUCCUUCAAAAGAUUUUUGUGAUUUUGUAAAGUCAAUGUCUCAUUCAUAUAUUUCCAUCAGUAAUCUGAUGUUAUUUAUUAUUUUUUUAUUGUACACUGUGUCAUUUUUUUACUGAAAACAUAUGAACAAAAUCUCGUUUUUCAAAUAGAGAUUACGAAUCACGAGUACUAGGCACAAGGUGCUAUUAAGUUUACGCAUUUUUAUAUCUACUUUGUCUCCUUUUUGUAAAUACUGUGUAUAUUACCCCCAUUCGCCCAUCUUCCCCCCCCCCCCCCCUCUCACAUUUCAGUUUCUUGCAUUCAAUUUGCACCCAUUUCUUUCACUCAACUCGAGUCUGUCAAAAAAAAAUCUCAAAGAGUAUAACAUCAGUUUUCAUUAUUAGAUAAAAGUUCUUAAUAAUAGCAGUUAAUCCCACUCAUAUAUACUAACCAUUUUCCAUAGGUGACCUGUUAUCUUGUAAGGCAAGGUAAAAAGCUGUGUGUGUAUCACAGAUCUCUCUAAUUUCUUAUGAAUUGUUGACACAAUGAGAAGCAACGACUUGGUGAACAGAAGCCUGCAGGUAAAAGAAAAAUUCAUAUCAGUGUUUAAUAGGAUUUGAAAAUAUGUAAAUCCUUGACGGUCAUGAUUUAUCAAGUAUUUUAAUUCAUGAUGAAAAUCUAGCUGUUUCUCUUUCUCAGGACUGAAGUCAAAAGAUUCAGAUCUCUUUUGUUACCCAAAACAAGGACUAUAAUUGAAUCCUGAAAAAAAAAUUUUCCAAUUAACAGCUUUAUAACAAAUAAAACUUUGAGAGCAGAAAAAUACCCAGAGAAGAAACAAUGGUUUCAUUGAUUCUGGAAUAAUCUGGCAAAUGCUUGUGCACACUUAACUAUUUACACCUGGAAUACAAAAUUCAGAUAAUUGCUCGAGAUAUUCAAUGAGACUGGAACUUUCAGACUUUCAUGUAUUCAUGUAAUAUGGAGUUGACACAUGUCUUCAACAUGUUUGUUUCCAUGUGAUGAAAAAAUAAUUUCCCCUUUGUAGGGUGUACCUCAUUUUUUUCGAUAGCUCAUUUGUGAAAAUGUUGGAUGUUGCAUUGUAAUAAUGUUAAUUUUAUGUCCAAUGGAAUGUUUCAGUCUUGUCAAAGUUUCCAGUAAAUGAGAUUUGUUUCUUCUCACAUCUAUAAAUAACCUUAUAGUACUGAAUGAAGUGCCAUACAAAAAUAACAGAGAAUGAAGCAAUGAUACGGGUUCACCUUACCUACUACUGUUAAACCUAUUGCCAACAUGCCUUCUCACUCUAGUAAUGUAACCCUUGUCUGCCUUUAUAUGAUCAUGGAAUUAUUUCCACUCUCCCUUCAAAGAAAUGAAGCCUAUUACAGCAUUGCUUCAUUGUGUACACCCUAUUUUGUCUUUUAUGUCAUUCAUGGCAUUGCUGUGUUAUGGAACUGUCCAAGACUUCCUUAUUGUUAAGUCCUGACAUUUCCAUGAUGUGCAAGUUUGUGAAUGGUUGAAGGCAAAAUGUGGUGUCUGACCAUUUCCAUCCUACCUUCAUAAUGCUAAUAUUAAGAUAUGUUUGUGUAAAUUGCCAAAGAUUUGCAGCUUUUUAUCUGUGUUGUACACAGACUUUUUAACUAUAUUUCUUGCAAAGCUAAACCAUUUAUGGGUUUAUUUAAUGUUGUACUAUAUGUGAUUUCUGUAAAUAUAUGAAACCUAAAGAGUCAUCGCUUUAGGCUAUAUAAGGGAUGUACAUAUUAAUCUGUGGUCACACUGUAUAUGUAAAUAUUAAUAGACCAGAUAUGCAGUACAGCAUAUGUAGAAUAAGAUUACGGCUGAGAGGCUUUAGAUGAACUAAAUGAACGGUAAAAAUGCUUAUUUAGUCAUGUUGAGUUUUAUUUGCAUAGUUGUAAAACUUUUAUGUAGUCACUUUUAGCUAUGGACAAAUUGAUGUUUUAGAUUUCAUUUCACAUUCUUUCCUAAUAAAUGCUCCCUAUCUUCCAUAGUUCUCUCAUUUUCUCAAUUCCAUAUUUCCAUAUUUUAUAAGUCUCUCUCUCUCUCUCUCUCUCUCUCUCUCUCUCUCUCUCUCUCUCUCUCUCUCUCUCUCUCUCUCUCUCAUAUAUGUUCUAAGACUGAAUGCAACAUCUCAAAAGUAAUGUACCGUACCUUCUAUGGCGCAUCGAGUUAUAUAUCUUCAAUUUAUAGCUCAAAGCAUAAACUUAGUGUCUUCUCAAAAUUUUCCUCAAACAAACUGAAUAUCCAAAGAAAUCUUUCAUAAGAAUUACCUCUCUGCUUUUAUUAUUUAAGUCGAUACGAAGGCGAAGGCAAAACAAAUUAGCUUCCGAGAAGGAAGACUGAAGCUAAAAUACAAGCUACAGUCUCUCAGGGGUCCAUUUGAUUUUACUUCCCUCCGAUCACUCCAUAGAUUUGUAUGAUCAAUAAUGGUCUUGGCUGUUUAUAACGAAAGUGUUUCUAUCAAAUAAAAUAAAUAAUUUUGUAUGAAAA